GCGCUUUCUGCCGCAACUUUGCAUUAUCUGCCACAAUGUUCCAUCCAAGCAGGGGUGGUGUUCGUGGUGGGAAAGACCAGUUCAGCUGGGACAAUGUGAAGUCCGACAAGGACCGCGAGAACUACUUGGGGCACUCCCUCAAGGCGCCUGUCGGAAGAUGGCAGAAAGGCAAGGACUUGCUUUGGUACACUCGCGAAAAGGGGGGCACCCCCAUGACGGCCGCAGAGAUCGACGCCUCCGAAGCGGAGCAGAGGCGAGCGGAGAUCCAGCGGGUCAAAGACGAAGAGGAACAAUUGAUGCGCGAGGCGCUGGGGUUAGCGCCAAAGCGGGCGCAGCGGCCGACGGGUCAUAUCGACAAGAAGGACGCAGAGCAGCUGUUCAAGCGGGAGAAGGCGCAGGAGGAAGUGCGGGAGGGGGAGCGAGUGCAGGGCCUCGGCUUUGGCCCGUCAGUGCACGUUGAGGGCGCAGUUCAGGGGGAGCGCCCAGCAGGAACUCUAGAGGGGGAGGAAUUGCCAGCGCCAGCUCAUCUGGGCCCUGUCGGGACAAUCGCCAAGAUCGAGGAUGCCGCGGGUUCUGACGUCAUGCUGCCGCCUCCGCCCCGGGGGCCUCCGUCGGCUGCGGCGCUGAAAGAGCAGCGGAGGGAGGAGCGGAGGCGGAAAAAGGAGGAGAGGCGGGCGGCAAGAAAGGCUCGGAAGGAAGAGCGGAAGCGUCGGAAGGAGGAGCGGAAGCGAAGGCGCGAGCAAGAGACCAGCUCGGAGUCGGACAGCGACGCCAGCCACGACAGUAAGAAGAGGCGGCGCAGAUCUCGGAGUAUGGGCAGAAGCGAAGGCGACUCAAGCGACCGAGAUGAAAACGUAGACACGGAGCGGAGUUUAAGAGUUGAGAACAAAGUAAAACGGGGCGGAGAGAGAGGGGAAGGUUAUGCCGAGAAGCCAGGGGACAGGGAGCAUGAAGUUGGUCGGAGAGAAAACGGCUUUGGAAGAAUUGCCAGUGACCGAGGGACGAGCCCCCGGAAGAGAGGCGCCGAGAGGUCUAAAAACCGUGCAGACGGGCGAAGGGAAAGAUCCUUUGCCGAACAAGAUGGAAGUGGCGGACGAAAUGGUCGCACAGGGGAGACGGAGUCUCGGAGGGACAAGCAGUACAGCGAUAAGAUGGUAUUAGUCGACGACGGAAGAUACAGGAAUGUGGACGAAGGAACUCGGCACAGGAACGGGGAGAGGAGGUAGCCCGCUGGCUGAAGCUCCUCUAUCCUUAAAUACCCUCACUUAUGCAGGAUUGAGUGUAAAGCAAGGCCGCGGUUCCACCCGGCUGCUCAUCAGCGGCUGGGCGGCUGGCUGGAGCAGCAGUCGCAAUCAAUCAUUUAGCUUCCGUGAUGCAGAUGUGCAGGAAACCUCGUUAAGGGCUUUCUUAAGGUGAUAUUUCAAUCAUGCUGUCUGAGCGAUC